AUGAACGAGACUGGUGCUGUUUCAGACAGUCAUGAUGUGGAGAAAGUUUUGGUGGAGCAGAAGCUUGCCGUUGAGUCGAUUAGAACGUUUUUGAAGAGUAAAACAUCGUACGAUGUGUUACCUGUGUCAUAUAGGUUAGUGGUUCUGGAUACGUCGUUGCUUGUAAAGAAGUCUUUGAAUGUGUUGUUACAGAACAAUAUCGUCUCUGCACCAUUGUGGGAUUCGAAAUCCUCAAAAUUUGCGGGACUAUUGACCUCUAACGAUUUUAUUAAUGUCAUUCAAUAUUAUUUCUCAAACCCUGACAAGUUCGAGUUGAUCGACAAGUUGCAACUGGAAGGGCUGAGGGAUGUCGAGAGAGCCAUUGGUGUUGAGCCUCUGGAUACCGCAUCGAUUCAUCCAUCGCGACCUUUAUUUGAAGCUUGUCUUAAGAUGUUGGAUUCCAAGAGUCGUAGAAUCCCAUUGAUCGAUAAAGACGAAGAAACCCACCGUGAGAUUGUCGUGAGUGUACUGACACAAUAUAGAAUCCUCAAGUUUGUAUCUUUGAAUUGUAGGGAAACUCAUUUUUUGAAGAGACCUAUUGGCGACUUAGGGAUUGUCAGUGAUCAUGAAGUUAAGAGUUGUCAUAUGACUACGCCUGUGAUAGAUGUAAUCCAAUUAUUGUCACAAGGUGGAGUAUCCUCGAUUCCUAUAGUGGAUGAUCAAGGAAUCCUAGUAAACGUCUAUGAAGCUGUUGAUGUGCUAGGGCUGAUUAAAGGCGGUAUAUACAACGAUUUGUCUCUGAGUGUCGGGGAGGCUCUGAUGCGUCGUAGUGACGACUUCGAAGGGGUGUACACUUGUACAAGAAAUGAUAGACUCUCUACGAUUAUGGACAACAUCAGAAAGUCUCGUGUGCAUAGAUUUUUUGUCGUUGACGAGGCUGGUAGACUUGCUGGGGUGUUAACCUUGAGCGAUAUCCUAAACUACAUUCUUUUGGGAGCCAAUUAA